UGAGAGAUAAAUGAACAGUAGGGAAAUUGGUGAAUCGGCGAGUUGACCGUCUCUCUCGCCCGAUAUGUCUUCCUCACGAGCUCCACCGCGAGCUGCUCCGACAAGGCCGCCGACGUCGCUCAACGCCGUUGCUUUCGUCGAAUCGGAGCGUUGACCGCGAUCUCUCUCUCUCGCCCGAUCUUCUUCCUCGCGAGCUCCACCGCGAGCUGCUCCAGCAAGGCCGCCGGCGUCGUUCAUGUUUGGAGGGCCGGAGCCGCGAGCCUGCUCCCUGCCCCUGUCCAUUCCAGAUAGCAGCCAGUCCAGAAGCCACCGGCCAGCCGCAGCCUCGUGCCCCGCAGCAGUGGCCACCUCCGGUCUCUUCUCCAGAAUCCCGUUGCGCCUCCUCCGAGAUCCGGCAGAUCUGGUGCCUUCUCCACCACCGCGCGAGAUCUCUGGAAAGAUCCUCGCCGGUCGCGGCUCAUAGCUGCGUCGGAGCGGAGCGUCGACCACUCCGGCAGGAGCUCCUAGCUACUUGUCGCCGUUCACAGUUCAACAACCCGAUCUAGAUCCCCUCUCUGGGGAGACUCCAGAUCCUCAGACGCUGCUCGCCUCUUGCCGCCGUCGCCGCUUCUGCAAUCAUGUCGACGGGUGGGCUUAACCUACCGGUUGUCUCCAACAAUUUUAUUCAUAAUUCUUCCAUGCCACACAAGAAAAAUCAUAACCCAUCGGGGGGAAUUGCUAAUGUGUCAAGCUCUGUUCUGCCAGAGGCAUCUCAGCUGCACCGGAACCCAAGCCCGCCUGUGGGGUUGGCGGCAUCUGUUCAGCCUACGUCACACCAGUUUCGUGUGGAUGGCUCGGCUGCCGAUCAGCGCAGUCGAAACAUGGCUCCUAAUGCCAAUCUUCCAGGGAAGAAUUCUAAUAUUGUUCCAGCAAAUAACCGCUCCCAACAGAAGACGGCUAACACACCUCUUCUCAAAUCAUAUGUCGAUAUUACUGCGAAUCGGACGCCGCGUCGUCCGGAUGUUGCUGCACAUCAUUAUCAUGCUCUACGCCCUACAAAAGAAGGUUGUUGUUAAACAAAGGGGAGACGCCCAAGCCUGCGUUGAUGAUUAAAAAGGAGCUUCAGAACAUGUGGAAUAUCAGUUCGCCUUGGCAACUCAUUCCUUUGGGUAAAGGAUACUAUACCAUAGUCUUCCAGAACGCAGAGGAUAAACAACGAGCUAAAGCCAAGUUGAUUUGGGAAGUUUUUAAUGGACAUCUCCGCCUUCGCGAGUGGGCGAAGAACUUUGAUCCGUUUAAAGAACUCUCGUCAUUGGCAAACGUUUGGAUUCGUAUACAUUAUUUGCCUAUCGAAUAUUGGCAUGCGGAGGUGCUGGCUGGAAUUGCACGUUUCGUGGGCCAUCCGCUGAAGAUUGAUGGUGCUUCGAUUACUCGAGAUUUCGGACAGUUCGCUCGUGUUCUUGUGGAGUUAGAUAUGUCCAAAUCUCUCCCUACUACGCUUCUAUUUGAUGGGGGUGACUAUUCUUUUCAUGUUGAGUUUACUUACGAGUACUUACCGUAUUAUUGUUCCAAGUGUAAGAUCACGGGGCAUUCUCCCGAUAAGUGUCGUAAAGCUAAUCUGCCAAUGGAGGCUACUAUGAAGCCGUCUGGAAAACAACAAGCAAUUGCGAAACAAUGGCAGGAGGUUUCUGAGCCAGGGAUUUCUGGGGGUGAAUCGAUUCCGGUGGGGCUACAAUCUGAACAGGUGCGGGCUUCACCAGCACAUGGAAAUAACUUGAUACGACAAGAGGUUGUCGAGGAACAGCAUGCGGUGCAGCAGAAGGUCUCAUCAUGCGCUGCAACCCUUAUUGAGAAUAGUUUUGCUGCUUUAGAGUCGAGUGAGCAGGUUGUGACGUCCCAUGAGGAUGUGAACGAGAGGGAUGACCGUAUUUUGUCAGGGCCUGAUUCGUUGGAAGUUGUGCUAGUCCCGGUAACUUCGGAGCAUCAACUGGAUGACAACGAUGAGGAUGUGGAUGAGGAUAUAGAGAUGGAGACACCGAAUGGAGUCGUGAAUCUUGCGAACAAUGUGGCAGCUGCUGCAGAGGAGGGCAAUAGCGUGCGGAAUGAAACUUUGGCGCUUAAGGAUGCAGUGGCGGAGAAGCAGUCGGAGGUUGGGACAGAUGGUUUUGUGAGUGAGCAGGUUCAUUCUCCGAUUCAAAAGGAGGUUGUUGGAGAUAAGCAGUCCAAUCCUACUCCGGAGGAUAUUGCUGGUCGUAUAAGUCGGUUAGAGGAGCAGGUUAAUCAAGGGAUGUUAUUGCUCUCGGAGCCGAAGCGCGGACAUGGCCGUCCAAAAGGCUCGGGAAAAGGAAGUGAGCUUGGUCAUACAGUUCCGACUGAUAGCAUUAAAAACCGCCUCAGAAAUGCGGAGGGUCUUGGAUUUCAGCCGAGCAACUUCGUUGUUGAUCAUAGUAGCAGCAACACGAUGCGUACUAUGAACAAUAUUGCGAACCUCCGUUGGUCGGAUGUAAUUGCCAUGGAAAAUGAUCGCAACAAGGAUGAUUAUCAUUCCAAUAUGGAUUUUAAUAUUUGA